UCAAACAUGUGACUUUGCUGGGUCUACUGGCUGCCAUUCCUCACAUCUGGCAGCAUGUUCUCCAGCUGUGCAAGGAUGGUUCUUUUUCUUGGAAUAAUGGUUGUCUCAGUGGGCAUAGUGAACGCUGUCUGUCCUUGUCGGGAUCCAUCUUGGUGUAACCCUAUAAACAACACAAGCGGAAAAGAGGUUUUUAUGUUUUCUCGACCGAAUGACCAGGCUACCUGGAAGCGCUAUGACUGGAGCAGGUUAACUACCGUUGCUAUGGUAGGAUAUAUCAGUCAUGACGUCAUGUGCUACGCCCACCAGCACAACGCCAGAGCUGUAAUACUCGCCGACUUCAGCACUGCCGACCUUCUCAGCGCCAGCAAGAGACAGGCGUGGAUACAGACUCAGUUGAACACCGUCAGGAGCAACUACCUCGACGGCAUCAACAUCGACUUCGAGGGCCAAAUACCCAGGACUAGAACCGACCUGAGGGAUGGUCUUAACAGUUUGUUGAAGGAAGCGUCGGCGGCAUUUCGUCAAGCCCUUCCACACUCUCAGGUGACGAUCGACGUGCCCUAUGGUCCAAAUUGUGUAUACAACCGUUGCUAUGACUACAAGACGCUCGCAAAUUAUGUAGAUUUCUUCUUCGUCAUGGACUACGAUGAGGGGGGCGGACAAUACGCCGGGGCGAACUCAGAUUAUCAAAAAACGAGAAACGGGAUGCGCGACUAUGUGGCGAUCGUCCCAGCUGACAAACUGGUCCUUGGUGUACCAUGGUACGGCUACAAGUAUGCCUGUUACAACGUCACUCAGGAUGGCCGAUGCUCCGUCAACCGGGGGAUCAAGGUCAGGUCAUAUAAGUUCAAGGACAUCAUCGAGUUGCAGAAACAAACUCAUUCAGUGAGGUCAUGGGACACAAACGCUAGAUCCCCGUACUUCACAUACAAGGAUCCUGCAAGCAACAUCCAGUACCAGGUUUGGUACGACGAUGUCCAGAGUCUGUCCCUGAAGUACAUGGUGGCCUCCCAAUAUAACCUGCGUGGGGUGGGGGCGUGGUACGCUGACUGUCUCGACUACACUGAUGCCGCGGAACCCAACAGACUGCGGCUGGCGAUGUGGAACGCCAUGCCUAUAACCUCAUCUUCGGGGACAAUAAUUGGCUAAAUGUGAAGGAUUUCAAAAUUGACAAUUCAAUAAACUAUACUGUCUACUGUGCACU